UGCACUCCACAGGUUGAUGAGAACCGCACGCUGCUAUCACAGCGGUUACGUCGUUAUGAUAUUAAUAUUUCGACAAAAACUUUAUUGACCAGUGGCUGGGAAGACUGAAUAUCUUCUCACUGUCAUGACGACGCUCUCUGAUUAAAAGAAAGAAACAAAAUAUAUAACCACGAAAAGGUGCAGCUAGGAAUGCAGUAGUGCCACUUGUAGACAGCAGUAUCCAGGGAGCCCUAAAAAGGGAAGGAGUCUCACUCUGAUUCCCGGCAGCUUGUGGAGAAGUGGAAGCUAAAUUAGGCCUGGUUUCAUUGACUUCCAAUCCUCCAAGUCCCAGCAGCCCUGUAGCCAGAGGAAGGGAGGCUGGCUGGAACUCGGGGCCCCUGAUGCUUCCUAAAAAGUUCUCCAGACACUGCCUGGUCAGAGACAGGUGCUGAGUGCUGCUGAGUGUUGCUGUGUGUGUGGGCUCCAGGGUCCUGGUUCAACAUUCCAGUGAUAGUUUGAUAGACGCAGUCCUUGGGGGAGGAAGAUGAGGAGGCCAAAUGCCUGUACCAAACUCAAUGAAGAAGAACUGAGGGGUCGCUCUGCCUUGCUGCGCUCUGCCUGCCUGCCUGAGAAUGGUCCAGCCGGUGCCUGGGGGUCUGCUGUCGCGGCCUGUCUGAACACACGCAUAAACACACUGAGUCAAUCGAUACGCGGAAGCACAAACACACAAGCUGGAGAGCAAUGUGAGAGAGGAAGUGCCUUCCCUGAUGUCUGCUGCAGCUUUGACCUGCUUCUACAGCUGAAGCUCCACCCUCCCCCCCGCCUCGCUCGCUUGCUGCCACAUUAACACAACUACAAGGACAGCGACCACAACCUUUUCGCAGCCUACGCUCCGACCCGCUCGUCGAUUCACCAUCAUCACCAUCCACUCCUCGCAGCAGGGCUCCAGCCUCAGCGCUCCUCACCUGACAGCCCCGCUGCCAACUCGUCUCCACCAGCUGACCAGCCUUACCACAGCAGCCCAACACACCACCUGGCCCACGCUGCAUCUCACCCACCUUGCCUUUAACCUUCGCCUUCGACCCUCUAAGCCUCCACUCGGUCCUCAGUGUCCUUAACCUUCCUGUAGCAGGCUACACCCGGACUAUCACCUUUGUUGCCUGCUUCACUGCACCUAACCAGAGGGUGAUUUGCCUGUCUGUAUUUUUGCCACCUUGGCUUCUGAUUGCUGUAGAUGAGAAAGUUCUGCAAGCAAUAAACAGUGAGAGAGAAAAGUCAAGUGGCAACUUAAUUGUUAGGCUAAGUCGUCUCCUGGAUAUAAUCACUUUGUCAGUGGCUGUUUGAUCAGGAAAAUGACCCAAUAACAUCCGCAGCAAAGCGUCGUGCUGUAACAUUUCACUGUGGACAAGGAGCCGUAUCAAUCAAUAGGAACUUUUCUCUUUGAAUGUUUCCUUUCAACUUCACACACAAGUGUCACAGACUUUAACCACACCAACAAAUAAACGAAAAAAGACUUUAAAGUUGUGGAUUAAAACACUAGAGGUACUUUAUUCACACUUAAACAGAUCUCAGUUUGGAAUACAUUUUGCCAGCGUGUUGCCAUGGCGAUGAACAUAGCACAUAUCCGUGACACAAAGUGGCUGACACUGGAGGUAUGUAGGGAGUUCCAGAGGGGCACGUGUUCGCGCUCUGACCAGGAGUGCAAGUUUGCUCAUCCAGCCAAGAGCUGUCAGGUGGACAACGGACGGGUCAUCGCUUGCUUCGACUCACUCAAGGGCCGUUGUUCCAGGGAGAACUGCAAGUAUCUGCACCCUCCACCCCACCUAAAGACCCAGCUGGAGAUCAAUGGCAGGAACAACCUGAUCCAGCAGAAGAACAUGGCCAUGCUGGCCCAACAGAUGCAGCUCGCCAACGCCAUGAUGCCCGGCACGCAGCUACCACCUAUGGUGAGAGGACACACACGUAUGAACACACCACAGCUACUGCCCACGCCCAUGUUCUCGGUGACACCAGGCCUGGCCACCAACGCCAGUGCAGCAGCAGCAGUCGCAGCCGCGGCCUUUAAUCCCUACCUGAGCCCUGUGUCACCGGGCCUGAUGCCCCAAGAGAUCCUGCCCAGCACCCCUGUCCUCAUGGCCUCCAGCCCCACCGUCAGCCAAGUCCCCAAUGCUGCUGCUGCUGCAGCCCAGAAGCUGCUGAGAACAGACAGACUUGAGGUGUGUCGGGAGUAUCAGAGGGGCAACUGCUCCCGGGGGGAGAACGACUGUCGCUUCGCCCACCCCGCAGACAGUACCAUGAUCGACACAAACGACAACACCGUCACCGUGUGCAUGGACUACAUCAAGGGUCGCUGCUCCCGGGAAAAGUGCAAGUACUUCCACCCGCCGGCCCAUCUGCAGGCCAAAAUUAAGGCUGCUCAGCACCAGGUGAACCAGGCCACAGCCGCCGCGGCCAUGACUCAGUCGGCUGUCAAAUCACUGAAGCGACCCCUCGACGCAGCCUUUGACCUGGGCAUCGCCCCUAGUGUCAUGGCUCCCCUGCCAAAGCGGGCGGCCCUGGAGAAGGCCAACGGGGCCUCUGCCAUAUUUAACACCGGCAUGCUCCAGUACCAACAGGCCCUGGCCAACAUGCAGUUUCAGCAACAGGCUGCUUUCCUCCCAUCAGGCUCAAUUUUGUGCAUGACACCUGCAGCCAGCGUUGUUCCCAUGAUGCACGGUGGUACUCCAGCCACUGUGUCUGCAGCCACCACAUCUGCCACAAGCGUUCCCUUCGCAACUGCCUCCACCAAUCAGGACUCUUCCUUAUCAAAGUUGACUACCAACGAAUACAUGCAAUUGAUUCCAAUAAUAUCUGCAGAUCAUCUGAGUAGUCACAAGUACUUGACUCAAAUGUAGUUCCUCUCAAGAACAAUCAAAUGAAUGUGUGCUGGCACCGUCCACGCCAAAAGAGUUCAGCCUUUAUGUACAUAACCUUCAGAAUGUCAAGCAAUGGGACGAGGAAGGUCUGCCAUCUCUUAGCCGGUCCACGACGAGGGUCUCAUCACACAUGUAAACAUCAACGGUGCAACACAUGAUCUGUGCCAUCUUCCCACAUAUCAAUGUCAAGAAGAAUUUCUUGUCAAUUUCAACGUCCAGCCGAGAGAAGAGGAUAUCUUUGUGGCGGGGUCAGUGUGUCUCCCCUCAGUGGGAGACGUUCACAUUACACCCCUGUGUCCGACUGAAUCAUAGCACUCAAUUUGUUCUAAUUAUUAUCAUUACUGCACGCACAGAAGGUCAAGAGCGUAGUUGCAUGAGGCAACAUCCAGUGCUGGUACGUUAGAAGACCAAGAUUUUUCUUUCCUUUUUUAUUUGCUCUGCUUUACUUUGUUUAAUUGAUAGCCAUAUUUCAUAGUUUACAAGAGAAAUGCAAACAUGCACCUUGAAUUUGAAUUGAAAUCUGAAAGGCACAAUGAUUUUAACAGGAAUUUUUUCGCCAAAAGAAUUAGGCAUGUACAGUAUUGUGUUUUUAUGGCUACUAGUGAAACUAGAUGUUGAAAUGAGGGUCUUGGACAUAUGAAUGUUCUGGGUAAACCAACAUACCUGUGUACCUUGAAAGCACAGCCAGGCUAGCUUUUCUCACCUUGUCAUGUGCCAUCAAGGCCAUACAGCUAAAACCAGAGUGUUAUCUCAGCAGUGUUAUUUGUUUACCGAAGGUAAAAGUUUUGUAUGGCUCUUUUUGUAUUGUUUCGUUUUCAGAAUCUCCAUUGUGAGUGUUUUUUUUUUUGUUUGUUUUUUUUUAAAUUUUAAUCUAAUAAUUCAGUUUUAGAAGUGGGGUUUCCGCCUUUUUAAAAAAGAAAUUCUUUUAAAAUCAAAAACGGAGGGUUUUUCUAAAGUUUAUCAUACCUCUUUUCAUAGACUAGUGUUGUUUUUGUUUAUUGGGAUUAAGUUGUUGCUGAAGUCCAUUGACUCUAAAGCCUGGUGAAGUAGAGGGUGUAGCUUCAAUUGACAUUGUGUUACCUUGUUCCCCCCUCUUUUAAAGGGGGGGCCUCUCUAAAACUGUGUCUCCAAGAAGCACUGUUGAGCCAUGUGUUGAUGGGAAUUUAAAAAAACAGACCCAAAGGUCUAUUAGGUCAUUUAAACCACAUGUGCACUUGAAUGAUUGUUUGUCUGAUCACCCUGUUUUGAUUUCACAUCCCAUCUUGGGCGAACCUUCUUUUUUGAGGAAAUACAACACAUUAUAUGACUUUGACUUGUAUUUCCAGCAAAACAUGAAGGUUCUCAUUCACUUGUAGAUCUGACUAUGGAAACCAAAGCACAGUUUUUUCUCUCAACCAUAUUCACAAAGGGUUAUAAAAGCAUCUCAAAAGAGGCUUAAACAAUUAAGGAAAGAUGUCUAUCAGCUGUCAUUCAUCUGUCAGUUUUAUGAUCACUUCCUUUUCUGUUUUCACAGAGGUGUGUAGUGUGUCUUUACCGAUUGUAAUGUACCUAACAAAGCCUUAGAUUACAAUUAAUGGGUCCCAUCCCAAUCAAAUGUACUUUCAAUCACCAUGCAGGUUAAAAACACCAAUGAUGUUUUAUAGGUCUCUCACAUGCCGCUUAUGAUAUUUUUUUUGUUCAUUCUCUCUAUGUAAAAGUAACAAUUACUCUCUUAAAUUUCAUUGAACUUAUGUGUUAUGUACUACUUAAGGAUUUGAAUCUAUUUGAGGUAUGUAGUUGUAGAUUUUUCUUUUUUUGCCUUACUAUAUAUUACUUGACAACAUUGAUAUAGCCGUUGUAGAUUUUGAGGUAGUAUGACAUUCAUAACUUUUUCAAACCAUAUAAAUGAUAAUGUGUUGAGUCAGUUUUAAAUAUUCACUUCAUUCAUGUAGCUGGAUGUCUUUUUCAGUUGAUGUUACAUUAUCACUUAAUUUUGUUGAUGAAAGACUUUUUUGAUACAAGGAAUGAGAUCAAUUAAUUUGCUGCCACUGCAGCAUCUCUGAGUAGACAUAAAAAAAAACAAAAAACAAAAAAACUAAUGUUUUAUCCAACUUAAAUUUUCCUUGUAACAUGUCAAGAUCAUGUUUGAAAAUAUAUUGUAUUGAGAUAUAGAUUGUCCAUGUUUUAGAGUAAAAAUUAUUUUCUACUGUAUCCAUUUCAAAAAGAUAUGUACUUUUGUUUGAAUAUUUCUUAAGUUUGCCCUGAAUGUCAGGCCAAAACGAGCAGUGAGGUUGACGGGUGUUUGGAUGUUUGGUCGAUAGUGAGAUUAGGAGUGAGAAAGCAAAGACUUUUCCAGACUGGAGAAGUCCAAAAUGCUGCAGACGAUGAGUUCUAACCUAAGGGACGAAGGUUGACUUUUUGCACUUCUGUAUAUAGUCAAAUGAACAGAGAAAAAAAUGUGUAUCAUAUUGAGAUAUUAUUUUGAAUAAAAAAAAAAAUAUCUAUAAUUAUAAGGAAUUUUGUUAGAUUAAUUUAAAUUCUUAAAUUAGAAGACCAGCUAAAAAAAAAUUGCUUGCAAAGAAGGGCACUAGUUUCUUGGCCAAUGCAUUCAGAGAAAGCUAUGCGCUUUUUGUCUUAUUUUAUCAAUGGCUAGUAAUGCCAGGGAAUGUUGUAGGGGAGUAGAUAUCCCCAUGUCAUGCUAACUCCAGCCCUCUUGUAGGAUGACAUAUCCAAUGAUGUCCAUAUAUCACUUGUUGGACUUGGUCAUGCAGUAUUGCUGCUCCCAUGGUACAGUUGACACAUAAAACUAUCAAAAAUUUGUAUUCUACUAUAGUUUGAUUUGACUGCAUGUAAAAGUACAAACAUGUAAACAAAAGAAACUGCGUAGUUACAGUAUGUAAGGAAAGAUAACACAUUCAGACUACAGAAUACACAGUAAUAUGUUUUUUUUCAAAUUAUACAUACAGUAGAUAACAUCCACAGUGGGGGGAAAUAAUGCUUCACAAACAAGUCAUCUUACUCUUGUGUGAUAAAAAUAUUUUUCCAAGUAAACAUUUUAUUUAAAGAAUGAUAAAAUAUUAGCACUCAUCCACCCCAGAUACUUUCUCAUAGCCACAUAAUUACAGGCGACACUGACUCACGGAAAGUUGUUCCUGCUAUCAUAUCUGUGCACUCAGCAGGUGAAGGCUCACCACACCAAAUGCAUAUUUGGCAAAAUUAGUCUUUCAAAUGAAUGUAAUAGUCGCCAUCUGACUUGCGUCUAGUGUGUAGGCGCUACAGAACCAAAGCACCAUUUUCUCCAAAUCAGAUGUUCCGCCUCUUGGCUGGAACCAAGGUUUCUCUUCCCUGCUGGGGGCACAUGUACGCUUUGACUGCUUUUUACUUGUAAGUGCAACCAUCAGUUACAUAUUUGCUAACAGUUGCCACACAAUAAUGUACUAUUCUGUCUUCAGAUUUGUUUAUGCACAUUUUAUUGUUGCCAUAAUUGACUCUUGCUGUAUGGAUGAAAAAAAAAAAAUCUGAAUAAAACAAUAUUUGAUUUGCUCAUGCAACAGUUAUGUGGUCACUGCCUCUGUGUGUACUGGAUGUGUUUGUCAAAUGAAUACAUAGUACUAAU